CCGCCCCCGAGGCCGAAGUCUUCCAGGUCACCUUCCAGGAGCCUCCGCCCCUGGGACAGACCAUACCUGAAGCGGAGGCUGUAGGACUCCGGACUAAGCUGGGGAUUUGCACGGAGAGAGGAUGGCAUCGUGGAGCCCUGACACCCCAUGUUCCUGCGACUGCUUUGCCUCCGUGCCCCCGGCCUCGGCCCUCCCGGCCGUGAUCUUUGCCAAGAAUUCUGACCGGCCCCGGGAUGAGGUGCAGGAGGUGGUGUUUGUACCGGCAGCCACGCACGCCCCUGGGAGCCGCCUCCAGUGCACCUACAUUGAGGUGGAACAGGUGUCCAAGACCCAUGCUGUGAUCCUGAGCCGCCCUUCUUGGCUGUGGGGGGCUGAGAUGGGCGCCAACGAGCAUGGGGUCUGCAUUGGCAAUGAGGCAGUGUGGACCAAGGAGCCAGUCGGGGAAGGGGAAGCCCUGCUGGGAAUGGACUUACUCAGGCUGGCUUUGGAACGGGGCAGCUCUGCCCGGGAGGCCUUGCACGUGAUCACAGUCUUGCUGGAGCACUACGGGCAGGGGGGCAGCUGCCGGGAGGACCCCACGCCAUUCUGCUACCACAACACUUUCCUGCUGGCCGACCGGACUGAGGCCUGGGUGCUGGAGACGGCGGGGAGGCUGUGGGCUGCACAGAGGAUCCAGGAGGGGGUCCGCAACAUCUCCAACCAGCUGAGCAUCGGCACGGACAUCUCGGCAGAACACCCUGAGCUCCGGCCCCAUGCCUGGGCCCAGGGCUGGUGGGACGGGCAGGGCACCUUUGACUUUGCCCAGGUCUUCUCCCUAAGCCAGCAGCCUGUGCGCAUGGAGGCUGCCAAGGCCCGCUUCCGGGCCGGCCGGGAGCUGCUGCAGCAGCAACAAGGGGGUAUCACGGCAGAGGUGAUGAUGGGCAUCCUCAGGGACAAGGAGAGCGGCAUCUGCAUGGACUCUGGGGGCUUCCGCACCACGGCCAGCAUGGUGUCCGUGCUGCCCCGGGACCCCUCCCAGCCCUGCGUGCACUUCCUCACUGCCACACCAGACCCGUCUCGGUCAGUCUUCAAACCUUUCAUCUUUGGGGUGGGGGCAGCCCAGGCCCCCCAGGUGCUGUCCCCCACUUUUGGAGCACAGGACCCUGUUCGGACCCUGCCUCGAUUCCAGACUCGGGUGGAUCGCCGGCACCCCCUCUACCGUGGACACCAGGUGGCCCUGGGGCUGAUGGAGAGUGAGCAGGCUCGGGGGCAGCAGCUUCGGCAGAAGCAGCGGGACCUGGAGCAGGAAGGCCUGGCGGUUGUGCGGGGGCUGCUGACCAGGGAGUGUGCUCCACCCGCCCAGGAGCUGGGCGGCCUCUUCCAGGCCUUUGUGGAGAAGGAGAGCCAGGCAUAUGCCUGAGCCCGGCCCCUCUUGACUUGGCCUGGGGUGCAGGGGGCUGUGGUGGACACAGGACCCCUGGGGUAGAGGGCUAGAGCAAUCCCCUCACCUUGCCCCCCACCCCAGCCUUGUUCUGAGUGGCCAGGUCGGCCUUCGCCCUAAUAAAUGUGUUUUAUUUUCUU